CUCACACCUGUACGUAAAAGGUUGGCGGAGAAAACUUCAUGAGGGGGGCAAGGUGGAUACACUGGAUACAGCAGACCCGCUCGAUCGGCAUUGCAAGACUGGUCGCUCCCACUCCCUAACCCGAUCUCGGCUCGGCUGCUUUUCUGCAUCUGGCUUUCCCUGUGGUUGUUGGAGCCGCGGCUGUUUGUCUGGCGGCGGUUUGCCCCAGCUUAAUAAAACAAUCCCAACUCCUAGGGAUGAGUGCCUGGAUCACCAUCCUAUUGUUUCUUUGCUCUGACUUCUGACUGCCAUAUACCUACCGCAACCCACAAUAGUCUGGCAAAGAGUUUCUUCUAUCUUUAGCGGGAAAGAAGAAAGACAUAGAACGAGCACAAUGUCUUCCCCUCAGCAACGGUUAUCCUCGAUCGCAAACCAGCUUGCCAGCCCGGCAGCUGCCUCUGCCAGGCAGAAGCUCCUGUCCCAGAACCCUGACGAUAUUGUGAUCACAUUUGCCGCCAGAACUGCCCUCACAAAAGCUAGAAAGGGCGGGCUUAAGGACACCACACUUGACAACCUCUUGAUCUCGUUGCUCACAUCUAUCCGCGAAAAAUCUAAACUGGAUCCCAAUCUCGUUGAAGAUGUUUGUGUCGGAAAUGUCUUGUGCCCCGGUUCCGCCUAUGUCGCACGCUCUGCAGUAUUGGCUGCAGGAUUUCCAGUAACUGCAGCUGCUUCUGUUGCCAACCGUUUCUGUUCUUCUGGAUUGCUGGCCAUCCAGAAUAUCGCCAACCAGAUUAUCGCUGGAUCCAUUGACGUCGGCAUUGCGGUUGGAGCGGAGAGCAUGAGUACCAAUGCUGAUGGAGGCGCGCCUGAGAUGUCCUCCCAGGUCACUUCGCACCCUAUUGCUUCCCAAAAUGCACAGCCCAUGGGUCAAACGUCCGAGAACGUUGCCGCCCAAUUCAACAUCUCCCGUGAACAGCACGACCAGUUCGCGGCAAAGAGCUACCAGAAAGCCGAACACGCUCAGAAGUCAGGCUGGUUUGAGGACGAGAUUGUCCCCGUCAAGACUCAAAUCAAGGACCCCAAGACUGGUGAGGUGAAAGAUAUCAUUGUGGAUCGCGAUGAUGGUAUUCGGUAUGGCACGACGGCGGAGUCGCUGGGCAAGAUUCGCUCCGCCUUUCCCCAGUGGAAACCUAGCGCUACCACGGGUGGAAACGCCAGUCAGAUCACCGAUGGUGCCGCAGGUCUGAUUCUCAUGAAGCGUUCCCGCGCCCAAGAACUCGGUCAACCUAUUGUGGCCAAGUUCUGCGGCGCUACCGUGGCCGGCUUGGAGCCCAGAAUCAUGGGCAUCGGACCAUCCAUCGCUAUCCCCAAGAUCCUUUCCAAGUUCGGGUUAUCGAAGGAGGAGAUUGAUAUUUUCGAGAUCAACGAGGCUUUUGCAUCGAUGGGAACGUACUGUGUGCAGAAGCUAGCCUUGGACGAGGCCAAAGUUAACCCUCGAGGUGGUGCUAUUGCUUUCGGUCACCCCCUGGGCUGCACUGGAGCUCGCCAAGUCGUCACUGCCCUCUCAGAGCUGCGUCGACAAAAUAAGAGAGUCGCAGUGACCUCGAUGUGUGUCGGAACCGGCAUGGGAAUGGCGGGUAUCUUUGUCUCCGAGCAUUGAAGCAAAGGUUGGACCUGUAAAUAGCCAAUUUAUGAUCAAUACAUU